AUGAAUCCUCAUUAUAAAUUAAUUGAACAACCUUUCCAGCUUUCAAAAAUCUCAAAUGACAAGAUGACCACACAUGAUAUAACCCCAAUGGAACAUCAUAUGGACGAAGAAUUUUCAGACGACAUACGAAUACAAGAACUACAAUCUUGUAAACUCAUUUAUCCAGAUUCGAAGAUUAACUAUACCAAUUUUCAAGGGUCCAUCGACAUCCCAAUCAAACUUGAAAAGGACACCGAAUUGAGAUUAUUUCAAUCUGGACCUAGUGCUGGUACUAAAGUAUUGGUAGCUACUAGUGUCAUUAUAAAUUUAAAACCUAUCAGGUUAGAAUUUCAGUUAUCGGAACUGUAUCCCUAUGAAGCUGCCCCUGAAAUUCAGAUCUCAUCUACUUCUUUACAAGACAAACAGAUCGAUGAUUUACAAGACCAUUUAAAUUCCAUAUGGCCUGAUUAUAGAGAUCAAGUACUUUUUCACUUAAUAGACUAUAUUCAAGAUCAAACGCAAAAUAAUCUACCUGAACUAUUUGGAACCACCAUAGACAUAGUGGAUGAUUUUGAUAAGUAUUAUCAAUUGCUAGAUUAUGAUAAACACAUAAAACAAGCAGAAUUUGACGAAACAACAUAUUCGUGUGAGAUUUGCCAGACUGAUUAUAAAGGAAAACAAUGUCAGAAAUUUGAUGAAUGUGGCCAUGUCUUCUGCAAUAAUUGUUUAUACGAAUUCUUCUCAUCUCUGAUUACUUUAGGUGAGAUAGAUAAGGUUCAUUGUCCAAAUUUUGAAUGUACAAAGAAAUUCCAGAAAUCAAGAGAAGACUUUAUGAAAUUGGAAACCUGGACAUUUAAUGACAAAAAAGUGAAAGAUAUAGUUGGGAAUUUGUUGCAACCACCAAUGCCAAUUCAUAUCCUUACAAGUAUCCUCCAAACCAAACUUCCAGCCCAUGAAGCGAGUGAAUUGGUUAAGAGGUAUAUAUCCCUACACAAAAAAGCUCAAUUUGAAGUGGUGGGGAGGUUACUACCCGAUCGUCUUGUCAAAUGUCCUAGAAUAGGUUGUGACGAGGCAGUUUUUCGUGAAGAUCUAAGUGAAAGAUUGGUAGUCUGUCCAAAAUGUAGAUAUGCCUUCUGUAAUGAUUGUCGAAAAUCCUAUCAUGCGAGAUUCAAACUAUGUCAUAAGAUUAGUGGGGAUGAGAAAUAUCUGGGUAUUCCCGUGGAGGAUCUAGAGAAGUAUAAUCUUUUACCACAAGAUUCGUAUGAGAAAAAGACAUUAAAUGCCAAAUAUGGCCGAAAUCGUAUUCUUCAUGCAAUUGAUGAAUUCAAUAUGGACAAAUUGUUUGAACAAAUGCUUAAGGAAAGUAUGGACGUUAAAGAAUGUCCAAAUUGUGGAGUUGUUAUAGAGAAAACGGACGGAUGUAAUAAAAUGAAAUGUUCAGAAUGUAAUACCAGUUUUUGUUUUCUUUGUGGUGAUCGAAUUCCAAAUAAUUACGAUCAUUUCACUGAACCGGGUACUUCUUGUUAUAGAUUACUUUUCUUUGGGAUGCCUGGAGUCGAUUAA